AUGCAAGUAUAUGAUAUCCAGCAGGCUGGACAUCAACACAACAUCCAUAUUGGAAGAGAUGAAACCAAUGUUCCAGCUCUCCCUCACACGCAGCUCAAGAAGCAGACCCCACGAGGAACCAACCACCCAGACGUUCGGCUCCGAAUCGCCACUCGACCUCACCUGCAAGAUUUCGCAGAACGGAACAACUGCGGGGCAAGAGGAAUCCCUCGUGCGAUACGCGCAGCCAUCUUCGCCAACAACGACUGAGCCCCUGCGGAGGCGUGCAGCCUCCCCGACGCGCUGCCUCCCUGCCCCUGCGCCUGCCGCGGUCACGUGUACCUCCAGUGGGGAAACACGAGACGAGAGCCAAUCAAUAUCCAGACUAUGGGAUAUAAAUGGACCAGGUAAAGUGUUUCAAUCGAUGCCCAACCAAUGGAACGAACCCCGGAAUAUAUAUUUUUUCCCCCCGUGUGGCUCCAUCAGCUCGAAUUUGCGGGUUAAACAAACAAAAAAAAACACCAGCGUCUCAAUAAGACACUUUUUCCCUUGGCCAUCGAAAACUUUUUGCAAGACCGCCUCGGGAUGGCCUCGAAGUCGGGCCGACUUCGAGGUUGCGGAGCUGGAAUCGGGGGUUGCAAAACGGGUCAUUGUUGGCAGCAGAACCAGUCCUUCUCAAUCGUCGCAUUCAACCGCAGCACCCUCACCCCAGAAGCCUGAAAGGCAACAUCGAGAGCAAUCAAGCAUGUUUCAAGUCCCUUUAAAAAACAAAAAACUAUUGCUGGAAAAACUGGACGAAAUCUCAGUUGUCUCAUGACUGGUCGUGCGGAUAAAAUAAAACCUAAUUUUCGGCGAAAAGGCAG